UUAUAUCAGUUAUUUAAUAAUUACUGUGAUUCUAACCAAGUGGAAGAGUCAAUUGUAUCUUCUCAAUGCAGGCAGCUUAAAGGAUAAUAACUUAAGUUAUCUGUGCGAGAAUCAGGUACAAUGUUUGGUGUUCCUGCAGCUAAAGGGGUUGUCUCGUCACCUCCUCAGCCAUGGAUUAGAUUCAAUGAUUCACCUACACCAUCAGAGAGCCCACAAGCCAAUCAACAGUACAAUCAACUUUACCAAACGGUCCAGGUACAACAACAACAACCCUACCAUCGACAAUCCAAAGUGUCAUCCUUGUCACCUUCACUGUCAGAUAAUUUUUCACCUAAUGAUAAUCUUAACAAUAUUCCCAAUGGUAUAAAGUUGGCCAAUUUUGAUUUUAAUGCUGCUUCGAUUGAAAAAAAUCCCAAAAUUUUACACCCAGUUGCCCUUAGAGUUUCACCCGAUGGCCAAUUGGUUACAUAUGAUUCCAAUAAUGGCGGCUCCUCAUCAGUACCCGGUAAUAACAGUAGUAGUGGCAGUAGUAGCAGUAAUAGUAAUGACAGUAGCAGUGGCAUGUGUUCUGGUAACAACAAUGGCUCCAAUAGUCGCACUGGUAACGGUGGUGGAAUGAUUAAUAACUGUGGACCAGCAUCAUCAAUAUUUCUCAAAAGCCUUCCUUCAUCAACAUCUCAUUUAGCUCAACAAGAAUCUUCAACCAGCUCGAUCCAAACAACAAGUCAAUCAUUCCAACCGUCAACCGGUAAAAAGGAUCUCCUCCUUGCACCUCCUCCGCCACCUCGACCUCACCGUAGACCUGGACAUGCUCGCAGCUCAUCACUUGAUCUCAAUUGCUUGGAGAAAAGUUUACCCUCUGCCUGUGCCAAUCAAGGCCGUAAAUUAAUUCCUAAUUGUUCCUCCAAUUUAUCUUCUAACAAUGCUCUUGGGCUGACCAAUUUACCUCCAGGAGUAGACAAGAAAGGGGCAUUCACUGUUUACAAAAAAUUUGAUCAUUCAACAACAAUCAAGGAAACAACAACCAAAGAAAGCAAUAGAUGGUUGGAAAUUUUAAAAGCUAAAUAUCAUCCACCUAAACCUGUUCAAAUGCCAAGAAGUAUUUAUGAAUUGUUUCAAAACAAAGAGUUGGUUGACUAUAUUCAAGAUCUUCAAGAACGAUGCUAUCGUCUGGAAUCAAUGAAUAAUGAACUCAUACACAAAGUGGCCAAUCUUAUGGAAGAUCAAUCAUAUCAUGGUGAUUACAAAAGAUUGUCCAAGUGAUAUUAUGAAACAAAAGAGAGAAAUAACGUUAUUAUUGUAAUAGAAAACAAGGAAACAAAUUAUUGCUAUUAAUAUUAUAUUAUAUAAGUAUACAUAUUUACAUAUAUAUAUAAAUAUGAAAAGAAAAAAAAUAUAUAUAUUUGUGUGUUUACAUUGUAAAUUAGCCAAUUGUCAAUUACAAGUUGAUGCAUGAGAGAUCCUUCAAAUUGGUCAUUAUUACUGAAUACAUUCUGAUAUUAAGGAAAAACCAAUCAACUCAAUUUGUCUAUAGAAACAAAGCCAAGUGAAAUUUAACGUGGAAAGAUGCUGCGAUAUGAAAACAAAAAGUGUAAUUAAAAUUUAUUAUUAAUUUAUACUAAAUA